UAUCGUUUGCAUCCCUAGUUGGGUGUGUUGUGUGAUGAAAUUAUGAGCAUACGUGGUAAAAUUGAAAUUUACGGGUGUGCGUUUUAUUUGUAGAGAAGGUUAUGUUUCUGUAUAAUUCUUUGGACAAGCCGUUUAAAUUCUAACAGGAAAACCGGAUCCGGGGGAGUGGAGCGCGCGAUGGCGGCCGCCAGCGAGCCCGGCCCCUCCAGGAACAACGGGGAGGAGAAGGAGCGGGAGAAGGAGCGGGACGACGCCAUGUUCGAGUGCAACAUCUGCCUGGACACGGCGAGGGACGCCGUCGUCAGCAUGUGCGGUCACCUGUUCUGCUGGCCGUGCCUGCACCAGUGGCUGGAGACACGGCCCCUGCGCCAGGUGUGCCCCGUCUGCAAGGCGGCCAUCGGCAAGGACAAGGUGGUGCCCCUGUACGGGCGAGGCAGCACCAACCAGGAGGAUCCCAGGAACAAGGUUCCACCAAGGCCGUCAGGUCAACGAUCGGAGCCAGAAACGAACAUGGGAUUUGGCUUCGGCGACGGAGGUUUCCACAUGUCUUUCGGCAUUGGUGCAUUUCCGUUCGGAUUCUUUACAUCCACGUUUAAUUUCGGAGAGCCCAGACCGAGCGCAGCGCCCCGGGGGACCCCGCAGUUCGAAGAGGAGCAGUUCCUGUCCAAGGUGUUCCUGUGGGUCGCGGUGCUGUUCAUCUUCUGGCUGCUCAUGGCCUAGCGACGCUCUCCGACGCAGUUAGCCCCCCUCUUCAACUCUGGCAAUAAAAGAUUCUUCUGUUUCUUUUUCCCCCCCGUCACGUCUAUCAUUCAGCUUGCAUCCGAGUUUGUUUUCCAUUCCGUAAAUUUUAAAAUAUAUUUAUGUAUUUUUGUAAGUACUUGUUUCGUACUACUUUUUUGCUCAUUGAUUUGUAUUGAUUUUUUUUUUUCCCCUGCCUAUUGUAGGUUUUCCUGCUAGUAUGUUCUUUUUUGAUUACCGCAUAAUGACUGCCAAUGAAGUGUAUAAUUACAGUUAUUUUACAAUUAACUUUCUGUAAAACAAAAUCCUUUUUAUAUAGUGUACUGCACUCGCUAUCACAGCUGUGGAGUGUGGUCUGCUUUGGGAUGGUUGAUAACGUGUAUACUUAAUGUGACAUUUGUGAUGAUUUUGGGGUGUUGGAAGUAAGGAUUGGUGCAGGUUAUUCAAAAUUUGGACGACUUUACUGUGGCAAUUAUGUGAAACACAUUUUUUGGGGUCAGUUAUACUUUUUAUUUUUAACAAGACUGCGUUGAAUGCCGAGAAUAUCAAGCCGUGUUUUGGUUUUGCUCAAAUAAACGGUUUGUUAAGAAGUGAUUGCAACACAGCUGCAAUGAAACAGUUCUCAUUCUGCGAGUGCAAUAGACUCUGUGUGAAGAGGUUGGUCUUUUAGAGUUGGUUUUUCAAUUAAGAUUAUUCACAUGUAUGUACUUUGUAAUGAUAUUAAUAUAUGUAUAUUACAAUGGACUCUUUUAAUUUUUAGUGUUAGAUGAUGUUUGCAUUACAUGUAUGUUAAAAAAUUAUGAGUUGAGUCAAAGUUUUUUGGAGGGUUUUUUAAUAAAUUUGUUUUUAGUUAGUAUAAUUAUGGUUUGUGGUAGUAAAAAUGUUUUUGGUAAAAAAUUAAUUUAAUAUAUGUCAAGAGUAUGGGCUGAAUUACUGUAAUAUAUAUAUACACACAUACACACACACACACACACACACAUUCAUACUAACAUUUAGUUGAAUGCAAACACACAUAUCUUAAGAAAUAAGUUACAGAUUCUAAACAUUGAGCUACUCUUUGAUUGAUAAUUAGAUUAAGUAAAUUUUGCAUUUUCUUUAAUACGAAAAAAAGCUUAUUUAAAAUGAUUAUGUAAUCCUUGCAUCACAUGCAACAGUUAAUAUUUUGUUUGAAAAUAUCUGAUGUUCGCCUUUCCAUUCAGAGUUUCUGCUGACUUGUAAGACUGGACCUUUUUUUCUCAAAAUAUGUAUUAUGAAGUAAUUACCAUACAGUUUUAUAUUUAUGUUCUAAAUUUUUAUUUAUAUAUUUAACAGUAAAGAGAAAUAAAUAGUAUACUUUUGAUCAUGAUGCAUGUUGUGAUAUCUCUAAAGUGAUUAAUAAUUAUUAUUGUUAGAAAGGACCACUGGAACCAUAGGCCCUUCUUCCCCAAAGUCCUCAAUAAUUGUGUGCAAAACUAAUCAUGUUGUUAUUACUUACUUCUAGAUCUUUUCUGUAAAUUUAUUUAUUCAUACAGCUCUCUUUUUUAUGUUUAGUGUCAAAUUUUCUCAACAGAUAUUUACCGAAUAUAAUAAUAUGAUCCAAUAGCUGUAAAAAUUCACGCAAAUGUUUAUGAUCACUUGCAAGGCCUUUUGCCGCUUUGAAAAUGUGAGAAAAAUUUGUGACUCAAUAACAAUUGCAAGAGAGCCUUUUGGAAUAUACUUACAGGAGAAAACAUUAAUUAAUUGUACUGACAAAAUGAAUUGACGACCUCUGUGUGCGAGAUGGGACCUUAACGAGUCGGAAUAUGAACAAGGAGCAAUGAUACGUAUCUGCAUGUUGGCUAAUAGUGUCAUGAAGAACAAACCAUGUUAAAUAGGUAAUUUUCUUUUUGUGAUCAGUAGAUGAGAACUCUCAAAUGUGUUGGCCUGAUUUUGUUCUUCACAUGAUAGUCCCGUCCUACUACUAAAACAAAAAAAUUUUAAAAAAUAAAA